AUGUGUGUCACAUCUCUCCUCAAUGACGACCUUCAUCGGGACCUCAAAGUAGACCUCGUCAUAGAUAUAAUUAAAAAGUAUGCAGAAGCCCAUGAACGAAGGCUUCACCACCAUGUGAACAUCGAGGCUAUCCAGCUCCUCGACAACUCGGACUUAGAUUAUGCUCGCAAAGAGGGAGGCGGCCCGCGUGCGGGAGCAAUCCUCCUCCUCACGCCCCAGCCGCCGCAACAGGCCAUACUACUGGCGUCGGGGAUCAAGGGACGAUCUCCGGCCACCGUAAGUGCGGGUCUGCGGUCGGCGAGUAAGGGUAGCUCGCCGCCCGACCAGAACCAGGCCCGAGGUUACGGCGCGUAG